AUAGAGAUGGCUCACGAAAGUCCUACCUGUAUCCUCCCUUCUAAAACUCAAGAACACCGAGGGAGAAUAAUCCAUAUGAUUACUACUAGAUCUCGAAGUUAUGAUGGAUAUUUGAGUUUGGAUCUCGAAGGUGCAAAUUAUAUUUUCUCCAGCUGCAAACCUUCUUUCUUGGCCGCACGGAGAGUAAGACUGAUAUGGCUUCUUCAUCCUCUUCGUCUGCUAUGUGGAAGUACGAUGUGUUCCUAAGUUUCAGGGGAGAAGACACCCGCAAGAACAUUGUCAGCCAUCUGCACAAAGAACUUGUCAACAGAGGAAUCGUUGCCUUCAAAGAUGAUAAAAGGCUUGAGAUGGGGGACUCCAUUUCCCAAGAAAUCACCAGAGCCAUCCAAGAAUCAAGAUCCGCUCUUGUGAUUCUCUCCAAAACCUAUACUUCAUCUAGGUGGUGCCUGGACGAGCUCCUGAUGAUAAUGGAUCUCCACUUGAAGAAUGGGAUGAAAGUCGUCCCCGUUUUCUAUGGAGUUGAUCCUUCUCAUGUGAGACAUCAGACUGGGAGUUUCACGUUGGAGAAAUACCAAGGCUCAGAAAUGGCUAAUAAGGUCUCCAAUUGGAGAGAAGCUCUCACGCAAGUCGCCAGCCUAGUAGGCAAGGAUUCUGAAACUUGUGAGAACGAGGCCUCGAUGGUUGAAGAGAUUGUUGAAGCCAUUUCAAACCACGUGUUUGUUAUGCAGCCAGUAGAUUUCAGCGAUCUUGUUGGAAUGGACGAACACAUGGAACGACUGAAAACUCUGUUGAGAAUGGAGUCUAAGGAUGAGGUUCGUAUGAUAGGAAUCUGGGGAAUGGGAGGCAUUGGCAAAACCACCAUUGCCAGAUGUCUCUUUGGCCGGUUUUCAAGGCUAUUUCCAGCUCGUUGUUUCCUUAAAAACGUUUCCAAGAUUUGUAGAGAUCAUGGCGUCUCCUAUUUACGGGAAAAGUUUCUUUCAACCACACUCUGUCUCCCCGAGAACUCGAGCUUAGAACUUGAACCCCAUGAGAUUAAGGAUAGGUUUGGAAAUCGGAAAGUCUUUGUAGUCCUUGAUAAUGUGGAUGACAUCACACAGGUGCAUGUCCUCUCCAAAGAUUCUGGCUGGUUUGGUCCAGGCAGCCGAAUCAUCAUAGCAACCCGGGACAAGGGCUUGCUUAAUGCAUGGGGAGUCAGAACUCUAUAUGAAGUUAAAUGCUUGGAUGAUGAUGCUUCUCUUAAGGUAUUUAACCAGUUGGCUUUUGAAGGAGGGUUUCCUCCUUCAGACGUUUAUGAAAAACUGUCAAUCCGAGCGUCUUGGCUUGGUCAAGGUCUUCCAGCCGCUAUUGAAGCUUACGGUCUAUUUUUCCGAAGACUGACAUCCGUGAAGGAGUGGGACGAUGCGUUAUGUAGAUUCAUAAGAGCUCCUGAUAAAAAUGUCCUGGAGAUCUUGAAAACUAGCUACAAUGCCUUAGAGGAAGCAGAUAAAAUUGUUUUUCUUCAUGUCGCAUGCCUCUUUAAUGGAGAACCUUUCCAGCGUGCCACUACCCUCCUCGAUGAUGGUGAGCUACAAGGUUGUCUGGGAGUAAAAACAUUGGCUGACAAGUCUCUAAUUGAAAUAACUGCUGGUGGGUAUAUAAAGAUUCAUUCUUUGGUGGACCAAACUGCAAAAACAGUUGUCAAUCGAGAAUCCGCGCAGAGGUCCGGGGGACGAAGAGUUUUGUGGGAUCCUUAUGAAAUUUACAAAGUGUUUGAACGUAAAGCGACAAACGAACCAACGGAAUGCAUGGGGCUACACAUGUGUGAUAUGGUUUUUGGGUUGCAUCUGGGUGGGUAUCCAGAAUAUCAUCACGAUACUCUCAAAUUCCUUAAGGUCUACAAGCACUUGGACCAUAUAAAGACCAAGCUGCAUUGCAGUAGUGACGAUACAUAUCUACUUUCAUCGAGGCUAAGGUUACUACAUUGGGACGCAUUUCCUCUGACAACCUUCCCUUGCCGAUUCUGUCCACUAGAUCUUGUUGAAGUUAGUCUACAUGGAAGCAGUCUCACAAGCUUCUGGAAAGAAACCGUGGAGAUGCCAAACUUGAGAAGAUUGGACUUGUCAGGCUCAGUAAAUCUGGAACAACUUCCAGAUCUUUCCAUGGCCGUUAAUUUGGAGGAAUUGACAACUCAAGGAUGCAAGAGGCUGAAGAGAAUUCCGGAGUCCAUCAGUAACCUUACUAGGCUGACGAAGCUUGAUGUCUCAUACUGCGAUGAGCUCAAUAGUUACCACAUCACUAUAAGGGAAUUGACUGGGCGCCGUCGGCAGAUUGUUUUGUAUAUCUCGGGCGAAGAAGUGGAAACGGAAUACAUUAAAAAUCUAGCCAUAGGGGGUAACAUACAUAUUCAGAUGUUGUCACUUGCCGGUAACGCUGAUCACCUCUGUUUUAGUACUGAGGAUCAGGCACCUGAUGAGUUAAAAAAUAAGGAGCCACCAGAAGGAGAUCAUGACGAACAGUUGUUUCAUGGUCUUGGAUUGCCUAUGUCGGAGUUCCAUGAUCAUGAUUGGAUGAUGCAUAGGGACCAGCCAGUACCUCAUGAUCAUGCCCCACAAGAUUUUCAUGGAUUUAAUUCCGUAGACAUCGUAAGGGUCAACUACAACAGUGAUGGUGCAAGCUUCCUCUGCAAUAGCCUUUCCAUGUUUCCCUGCUUGAAAGAGUUAAAUCUAAUCAACCUAAACAUCAAAGUGAUCCCGGAUGAUAUACGCGGCUUGCAAUUCUUAGAGAAACUAGACUGGAGCGGUAAUGAUUUCGAGACUUUACCAGAAACAAUGAAGCAACUUCCCAGGUUAAAAUACAUUAGCCUUUGUAACUGCAGAAGACUUAAAGCAUUGCCAGAACUAGUUCAGUUGGAGACAGUUAAACUCUCUGGCUGUGUGAACCUCGAAUCAUUGUUCAAAAUUUUCCAUGGUGAUCAAGAUUGGGGCAGAUGGGGGUUGCGUGAGCUUUGGGUUGACAACUGCAACACCAUUCAGUCCAUUUCAGAUCAGCUUGGGCGUUUUACCAAGCUAUCGUAUGUAGAUCUUAGCAGCAAUGACUUUGAGAGAUUGCCAUCAAGCAUCCGGGACCUCUCCUCUUUGAGAACUCUCUGCCUCAACAAGUGCAAGAAACUCAAGUCGAUAGAAGAAUUCCCCUUGUGUCUCAAGUAUCUCUACGCACAUGGCUGUGAAUCCCUGGAAACUAUUUCCUUUCCUUUGAACCAUUCUAUAAAACACCUUGAUCUUAGCCAUUGCUUCGGUUUAAAACAGCAUAAACAUCUGGUCACUCAGUUUCUAACAGAGGGACAAAACGAAGAGGACUCACCGAGAUUCGCUUGCUUUCCUGGAACCGAGGUGCCCAAUUACUUUGAUAAUGUAUGGACAGGAAAGUCCUAUACAAUUGGCUUACCCUGGCCAAGCCCGAAACUGAUGGGUUUUGAUGGAUUUAUCGUGAUUGCUUGCGAGAGGCCCUUUCAGAUACAAUUCUCGCCACUUUUUUAUGACUAUUAUUGGGGAUAUGAACGAUACUUUCAUUUGUACCUUCAACAAGAUCUCUUUCAUUGCCGGGACAGUAAUUUUCAUAUUACUGAAGAAGAAGAAGCUGUUAAAUCAGAUCACCUCGUUAUCAUCCGCGGGAUAAAGAACUUUAGCGACUCAAUUAACAAGUUCGGCAUCGAAUCCCACCUGCAGUUAUCGAAAGAGUUAAAGUCUCCCUCCGCGGAGAUUAAGUCAUGUGGGUUUAGAUUGAUUUGGGAAGAGGACGUAAGAGAUAAGAUUAAAACCAAAAAGAAGAAAAGUCUGACCUCUCGUCUCUCUUCCCUCUUCAAAUCGGAAAAGUUGAAGAACAUUUCGAAUCCCGGUCAAAAGCCAGAGUGGUUAUAGGUUGAUCCUUCACAAGUGAGGAUACAGAUGGGAGAAGUGUGAAACAGUUCAAGAAACAAGAGGAGAGAUAUAACAGAGAGAAUCCAAUCGUGGAGGGAUGCGUUAACAAAAUUGGCUAUUCUCUCCGGCUAGUGUUUAAAGAACUGGGAAGAUGACUUGACGCUGGUGGACGAAGUUAUGGGGAAAAUAUCAAAGAUGUUGUUCUCGGCAACAUCUUGCAAUGGUAAUAACCUAAUUGUAUAAGUCUUUCCAACUACAAUAUUAAAAUAAGAAAAAUACAGUUGGAUGUUUAGCCUAUGACCCUUUUGUCUAAAUUUGCAACAGCUUUGGCCUUUUACUCUAAAAUUAGGUAACACAAGAAACCAUGACACUCACCAAAGGAAACCAUGACACUCACCAAAAGAAACCGUGACGUAUAAGAAUAAGAAAAGUCUUAUUUCACCUGUUCAUUGAGUAACAAAACACUGUGACAGUCCAGUCUGUCCACGAAUGUAUGACUCGGCACCUAAAAGUAGCAUUCAUUACUGCGUUACUAACUCA